CUACAUUAGCGGUAUAAAUUCUGCACAAGAUGGGCUGUGUAGCAUAUACCUCUGGGUCUUCUGUGGUGCUCACCAUUUAGUGUGGUUGUGAUCCUGUUUCGACAACAAUGGAUCCGAACGGCACUCACGUCCGGCCCCUCGAUGAGUCUCGCGAACUCCCUCAGCUUCAAGGCCUUCGCAUUGCCCCUCUUCGACAGCCAGUCUCUUCUCGAAUUCUGAACGUUCCCUCACCGUUAGAACCCAAUGCCAGUGGUGUCCGAAAAUCCAACACCAUCUCCAAGGCCAACCCCUCUGGUGGCAACAUACCCGCAAAUCUCCCGACGGUGACUGAAUUCCUGAAUGCUGCCCGGACCAAGAAGAACGACCCCUCGGCCUCGGUGGACUCGAUUUUGAGCUUUGAGCCUCCUCCGAGGCCUAUCCUGCCGGCCUUUGUCAACCUCCGUGCUCUCGAGCGAUUUCCGUUUUCCUCAUUUGAUGAUGAUUCGUCCCAUGCUCGCAAGCGUCGGCGCCUGGAUGUCCAAGCGGACUCGUUCAGUGAACAUUUACAACUACCCAUUCCCCAGGCACAAAAAGAACAGCGACCACCGCCGUUUGGGCCUUUUGCUAUUUUAAAUGGACUAAAUGAGCCUCCGCCCAACGCUGCCCUUCUUCCGCCCAUCGAAGCCGGCUCGAUCACACAACUUCUGACCAAACCCACAAGAGAUCACGUCGUUGUCGAGCCCGCUUUACUGACUGCUAAUACGGUCACAGAUAGUCAGAUUGAGAAAAGGGAAGGAAGGAUUGAAGAGAUUCUGGAUUCUCCCGUUGACGACAAGGCCGGGGAUGGCGACCAGGUUGAUAUAGUGGACGAGUCAACACACAAGGCGGCUGUUGACCAACCGGUGUUGGAAAAGGAGAAGCCCGAGACGGAUACGGAGCCUGUACCAUCACCAACAGAGGAUAGUAAUGAGCCCCCAUCUCCUAAAACUAGAGGCCGCUCGCGCAAGAAUCUUCGGAAAUGGACUGAGGAGGAGACAACUGCUCUCCUGCGGGGCGUGGUCAAAUGUGGGAUUGGCAACUGGACAGCGAUACUAGCGCAGCCUGAGCUGAAAUUUAAUAAGAGGAGUGCCUCCAAUUUGAAAGACAGAUUUCGUGUCUGCUGCCCAUGGGCUUAUCGGGCCGCUGACCCAAAUGAAGCAACAAAACAACUGCAUGAUACCCUUGCCAAUGCACUGCUACGUGCUGAGACAGAAGGUUCGGAUGGGACUGCCGGGAAAAUCCUUCUUCCACAUCCACGACCAGCCAAUUCCGGAUCUGAGACCAACGGAGCAAAUUUGGGCCUCAAUCUCAACAAGGAGCAGUCUUCAUCAAGCAGUUCAUUGUCAACCAUAGAAGUUGAUGACAAUACCUCAAAAUCGCGUCCCAAAUACCCGCCAUCAUUCAAGGCUACACCCACUCUCUCAAAUAGGUCCAAGUCCACCCUGGCAUCUCUUGGUAUACCAGAACCACACUUUACUAUGAAGUCUCGACGUCGAUCCCGUCGCCCUUUCACUGUUACCGAGGAUGAGGCCUUACUCAAAGGCUAUGCCGUACACGGAUUCCAAUGGACACUCAUUCAACAGGAUAAGCGCCUGAACCUUAGCCAUCGGAAAGCCACUGAUUUACGAGAUCGAUUCAGGACCAAAUUUCCUCAUGCAUACCGCGAUGGGGGCUCUGUUAGUGGGAAUACAUCUCGUAAUCAGACGGGAAAACCAGCUGCCGCAGAUGAGAGCAAGCCUACCGCUGCUGGCAACAAUCAAAGCAUACCAGCGGGACAGUCUUCAUCUAUUUCGCAAAAUAGUAAGGCUGACACUACAGAUCAGACCACAUUAGGUCCUAUUGACCCAGCCCUUCCACCCCCUGCUCCUCCACAGGGUUUGCUCGAGGCCUCAGCAAAUGCACCCGCAACAGCGCCAGUUUUCCCCUUUCCGUUGGACGAAAAUUCGGCCGGUGCUUCUAACGUCGAUGCAUCUUGGGAAGACAAUACACUUGCCCCAAUGGUCUGGGAUGAGUUAGCCUAAGGGUUCCUCGAUACAGGUUUUUACUUCUCCCCCAUGUUCCCCCCUCUUCCCCCUCCUUUCUUGUCAUUUUCUUUUACCUGGGCCUCAGUUUUCCCACCCCAA